GAGAGUGUGCGUGUGUGUGUGUGUGUGUGUGUUUGCGUGUGUGUGUGUCUGCUGCCCGAGCCGGUGGAAAUGCUGGGGCGUCCUACGGGGUUAUUUUUGGGUCAGUGACAACGUGUCAAUGGCUGCAGAUGCGUCGCAAAGGAAGGCUCUGCGAUACCAACAGACCUUGCUGUACGGCGAGUACAGGGAACAAUUGGGAAGCUUUGCCAGACGGGAGGCGGCACGCCUGCUGACAGAGAAACAAUGGCGACAGGCGGGAGACGACACCAUGGGAACCGGACGCAAAGGCCAUGGCCGGCGGCACCACGACCCCCUCCGCCACCGCCAGCAGAACCAACCCCCCACGCUGGACUCUCAUCUGUCCCAAACCUCCUCCUCCACCCAGAAGCCCCGGCCCUACUCCAAAUGCCAAGACUGUUUGGCUCGUGUAUGGCGGCAGAUCGUCAAAAAGAUGGGGGACGACUGGAUCUUCCUGGUUCUGCUGGGCCUGACGAUGGCGCUCGUCAGCUGGACUAUGGAUUACACCAGCGCCAAGAGUUUACAAGCCUAUAAGUGGGUCCACGGAGAGCUGGCGGGCAACGUGGCGCUGCAGUACCUGGCCUGGGUGUCCUACCCCAUGAUCCUCGUCACCUUCGCCUCGCUCUUCUGCCACCUGGUCGCCCCGCAGGCCAUCGGCUCUGGUAUCCCCGAGCUGAAGACCAUCCUGAGGGGCGUGGUGCUGAAGGAGUACCUGACCCUGAAGGCCUUCGUGGCCAAAGUCAUCGGCCUCACCGCCGGCCUGGGGAGUGGGAUGCCAGUGGGGAAGGAGGGCCCCUUCGUCCACAUCGCCAGCAUCUGCGCCGCGGUCCUCAGCCGCUGCAUGUCCUUCUUCUCCGGGGUCUACGAGAACCCUUAUGGGUACAGUGACAUUCUGACUGUGGGCUGUGCCGUGGGAGUGGGCUGCUGCUUCGGUACUCCACUAGGAGGGGUUCUGUUUAGUAUUGAGGUCACCUCUACCUACUUUGCGGUGCGGAAUUACUGGCGUGGCUACUUCGCUGCCACGUUCAGCGCCUUCAUAUUCAGGGUGCUCUCUGUAUGGAACAAGGAUGCUGUCACUAUCACAGCCCUCUUCAAAACCAAUUUCCGCAUGGAUUUCCCCUUUGACCUCCAGGAGUUGCCAGCUUUUGCAAUAAUAGGGAUCUCGUGUGGCUUCCUCGGGGCGUUCUUUGUCUAUCUGAACAGACAGGUGGUUCUCUUCAUGAGGCGACCGACGGCACUCGUACGCUUCCUAACCAGACAUCGGUUGAUCUAUCCAGGUGCAGUGACCCUGAUCAUCGCUACCUUCACGUUUCCUCCAGGGUUUGGUCAGUUCAUGGCCGGGGAGCUCAUGCCCAGGGAGUGCAUCAACUCCUUGUUUGAUAACUUCACCUGGACCAAGAUCAACCCGGCGGCGCUCCCCGCGGGGCUGGGCCGCUCCUCCGCCUGGCUGCACCCCAACGUCAGCGUCUUCCUCAUCCUGCUGCUCUUCUUCGUCAUGAAAUUCUGGAUGUCGGCCGUGUCCACCACCAUGCCCAUCCCCUCGGGGGCAUUCAUGCCUGUCUUCAUAUUAGGUGCUGCGUUCGGUCGCCUUGUGGGGGAGAUCAUGGCGACUCUCUUCCCAAACGGGAUCCUAUUUGACGGCAUCGUUUACCGCAUCCUGCCGGGAGGCUAUGCUGUCAUUGGAGCGGCGGCCAUGACAGGCGCGGUCACCCACACCGUGUCCACGGCGGUGAUCUGCUUCGAGCUGACGGGCCAGAUCUCCCACAUCCUGCCCAUGAUGGUGGCCGUCAUCCUGGCCAACAUGGUUGCCCAGGGCCUGCAGCCCUCCCUCUACGACUCCAUCAUCCAGGUGAAGAAGCUGCCCUACCUCCCCGAGCUGGCCCUGGGACACAUCAGUAAGUACAACAUCUUUGUGGAGGACAUAAUGGUGCGGAGGGUGAAGUUCCUGUCCUCCCACUCCACGUACCGGGAGCUGAUCAACCUGCUGGACAGCACCAGCCUGAGGACCAUCCCCCUGGUGGACUCCCGGGAGUCCAUGAUCCUAUUGGGCUCCAUCGAGAGGACGGAGCUACAAGGCGUCUCCGAUUGGUGGCUCUCGGCGGAGAGGCGGGUCUUUGAGAAGGCUCAUGGUUCGGGGGGGCAGGGUGUGCAGCCCGGCUGGGAGUCCUUUGCCUACGUGGACGAGGAGGAAGGGGAGGAGAUUGCCCACAAGCAUCGACCCGUUAGCAGUCCUGAGUCCAGUCCAGCACUGGAUGAAUGCAACGGCCCUGUGGCCUCCCCGAAGCCCCGGGAGUCAGGGGACACCAACCACAGCACCUCAGACAAGAGCAAGCUGCCGUCGGUCCGCAGGGCCCUUCAGAGGAUGUUCUCCUCCACCUCUCUAUCUGCCCAGGCUGAGACACCGGAGGCUAGCCCGCCUCCACUGAACGAGACCAUGAACCCAGAGGAGAUCAAGGCCUGGGAAGAACUGGAACUGGAUAAGCCAAUCGAUAUGGAGCAAAUACGAAUAGAUCCCUCUCCAUUCCAGCUUGUGGAAAGAACCUCUCUUCAUAAGACCCACACGCUGUUCUCCCUGCUGGGCCUCAGUCACGCCUAUGUCACCAGCAUAGGCAAGCUUGUGGGCGUCGUAGCGCUCAAAGAGUUGCAAAAGGCCAUCGAGGGCUCCACCCGCAGCGGGGUGAGACUGCGCCCCCCGCUGGCCAGCUUCAGGGAUAGGAGCCGCAAGGCCAAGAAGCACCAGCCCCCGACCUCUGGCCCCUCCUCCCCCACAGGCGAGAGGGAGCUGUGGGGGGAGGGCAGCAGCAGGAGGGAGCCCAAGGAGGACUUCGGGACCACACCCGCCACCGUCACCACCCCCUCCCCCUCCUCCUCAGGAGCAGAGGGAGGGGACACGGCCCCGCCCUCCCCCAGAGGGGCGGCGACGUGCGCCGCCGGCGAUUACGUCAUCACCACGGGAGAGGAGGAGGCCCCGCCCCCUCCGCCACCGCCAGGGUCCCCAUGUCCCUCUACCUCCUCCUGCCCUCCCUCGCCGUCCACCGCUGCUCCCGCCUCCUCCUCCUCCUCCUCCUCCUCAUCCCCCUCCUCCUCCCCCCCGGCCCACUGCCCUCUCCACCCCUCCUCGCCCGUCCUCACGCUGGCCUCGCUGCAGGAGGAGAGGGAAAGCGAGGAGUCUGACGAAGCCCUCUAGGAGGGGCGUCGGUGAGGAAAGACUUUGAUACUCCUCUUGUUUCAUUUGGGAAACACAGCGACAGAACUGGGAGACUGCCGGCUUCCUGGAGGAGGAGGAGGAGGAGGAGGAGGAGGAGGGAGAGGAGAAGGAGCACAGGGGGCCUGUCAGAAUAAAAGCCCCACACAAACAUUCACUUCUCAGUGAGAAUGCUCCGGAGCUGCUAGCUUAGUCCGAUACUUUUUUCUACUCUUAACACUCACUUUUUUGUUUUCCACUUUCAGUCUCAGGAGUCUCGUGUGUUUUCAAAACGCGCGGCAGUUGUGACCACUUUUAAUGAGAAAUCAAACCCACGCACUCAAACUGCGCCCGUGCUUUGGAGAUAGUGCUAGAAUGGGGAUGGAUGCGUGUAUCUUCUUUCACAUUAGUCCGCUCAUUUGUCCUCGAAUACUGUACCAUUGUGGCAAAGUUAGUAGCCCACAGUGGUUAGUAGUGUUGGUAAGGAAAUGAUGUAUUGUGAAUGAAGACCUUAAACUUAAAUCAGGUUUUGCCAAUCAAGCAUUCAAUGUUCCCUGGAGAUUAAUUUAAAUUUAAAUUAUUUAACUACGAGCUUUAGCUCAUGUUUACAUAUAAGUGUAAACAUUAUUUAUAUUAGCAAUACGAACAUGAAUAAUUAUAUCAAUGAAUCAUUUUUAAACAAUAAAUAUUUCAG